UCAAGAAUAGCUUGGUUUAAAUCACCAAAAAUAAAAAUAAAAAAUAAAAAACUUGGUUUCGUUGUUUCCAAUGUUGAUCGUGUAUUAUUGUAUUGUACCAUCCUCCGCAUUUGUGCUCCCCCUUCAUGUGACUAUGUCUCCUCUUUAGAUCUGCCUUUUUUGGUUGCUGCAAAUUUCUUUCCUUCUUUUUUUUACUUCUUCUAAAUCACACUUCAGUUGCUUAAAUCUCCAUUCAUAGACAAACACAAAGAUGGCGAAAAGGCAAAACAUUGUAAAGUAUAGAGAAAGAUUGGAUAAGACACUUACUUCAUUUGAUCUCACAAAUGAUGAGAAACUCAAAACACUUGUUAAAAGUCAACUUCAUCGUUCUUCACAAUUAGAGAUGGAAUUGGAAGGAUAUAAGGAGAAACUAGAAAUUAAGACUGCUGAGUUAUCAAACUUCCUUAAUAUGAUUAGAAGUGCUUCUGCAGAUGAAAGUGGAGGGUCUAAUGCAUUACACACUGAUUGGAAAUUAAAACAGGAUACUGAGGAAUUGCGUGUUAUGUAUCACGAAGGACCGGAGGGAACUCCCUUUCAUACAUUACUGGUUGAAGGCUAUGUAGAUGGGCCUGUUGAUGUUUGUUUAGGCCUCUCCUGGGAGGCAUCCCUUUAUAAGAAAUGGUGGCCUCAGUUUACUGUUCCAACUUUCAAAGUUACAGUAUCUGAAUGUUUGCAGAAGGUUCAAACUGGAGAACAAAUAUCACUAGUAAGGGUGAAGCCUCCAUGGCCGGUGUCUACAAGGGAAGCUAUAGUGCAUUUUUAUCUGUUUGAGUACUAUCAAGAUGACUUGGUAGUUGUUCUCAUGAAAUCGGUACCUGAGUCGAAGAGAAUUAAUGAGGUCAUUGAUGGUUUCAACAAUGAUCUGAUUCCUGGAGCAAAGGGUGUUGUGAGAAUGGAUUUGGUGGGAGGAUUUGUUUUGCAAAAGGUGACAUCUGAAAGGAGUUACUUCCGGACAAUAGCAAAUUUGGAUAUCAAGAUGGAUUUUAUGCCUCCAUCCCUUAUAAAUUUUAUUUCAAGGCAACUUAUCGGCAGUGGUUUCAGACUUUAUCAGAAGGCUGUGGCUUCAAAGAUGAACAAAGACAGAGAAUUUAGCAAGGCCUUGACAGACCCGUUGUAUGUAAGAAUUCGCGAAGCUCUAUACAAUAUCGAUGAGGAGAAAGAGGAACUUAAGCAAUAUGCAAGCAUUCUUCCUGUUGAAGAACUUAGUCAGAGUAAGCAAGAUGCAGCUAAAGAUAUAUCUCGGGAGGAUAGAAGCAACCAAUAUGCAAAUAAUUACAAUGGCGAGUUUUUAGAUGCAGGAAGUGAAGAGAUUGUACAAGGUGAGGAAGGUGAUACAUUUAUUGUACUAAAGGGAAAUAGGAAUUGUGAGAUUGUAGACGCAGAGAGCGAAGAGAUUGUAGAAGCGAAUAUUGAAGAGAUUGUAGAUACGGAUAGUGAAGAGAUUGUACAAAUUGAAAAGUAUGUCAAGAAAAUAAAUGACAUUCCAAUUGAGGAAGCAAAUAUUGAAGAGAUUGUUCAAUUUGAAAAGUAUAAUGAUACAAGAGGUAUAAUGAAGGGAAAGAGUAAUGUAUAUAUCAGUUCAAAUGUAAAACAAGCUUUAGAAACAUUAGAAAGGGCUAUUUCAGUAGUUCGAAAAUAUGGAUUUCAUUCGCGCCGGUUCUCCUUUAGAUUUGUUCAUGAAGAGACCCGCUGCAAAGAAAAAAGUGGCGAAGUUGAUCCAUAUUCUGCAAAUCCUGUUCAUCCAUUUGUGAAAAAUGAUGUUAGUGUCAAAGGACCAAGCGGUAAUGUUGUGCAGGAAAGUUCAGAAGAUUUCUAUGAAAUCCAAAACAUCAGGCACACAGGAACAGAUCCAAACUUAAAGGAACUAAAUUAUAACACAGUACCGGCUUUCCGAAAUAAGAAUCUCAUUGAAGCAAACCAGGUUGAUUCACAUUCUUUGAAAAAUGGGACAACACAAGACCAUAUAAUAUGUGAUGAUAGCAAGCAAUAUAGAGGACGAGAUAUGCGUUCAGAUGACCCGAUAAAGUCAAGCAGACAGAGAAAAAUAAACAACCUUGUAACUCAAGGUAUCUCUUCAGAUGUACCAAAACAGUUAAGCAAGAGGAAAAAUUAUAGAUACUGUUGUUUUACGCAUUAGCAGAACAAAAUUGGAUACUUAUAUAUAUCUUGCAAACUUGACUCCACAGUUUAGUGCUGAUUUGACCUACUGUUCCAUCCCAUAAUAUAAACAACCAAUUUUAAAAAAAAUUAAUGUAUUUGAUUCAAAUUUUAAA